CUGAUGCUGCUCUCUUGCCACUCUGAUAAGGCGGCGCCCUGUCUGGGCUGAUUGGUCAUUGGCAAUAAGCGAUCUGGAAUUCUGAUGUUCAUGCUGGCAGUCCCUUCUACUCCAAAGAGACUCCUUUCCGCCUGCCCCCUGACCCCCUGCAUGUCACCUAGCCUUGGGGAUCUGCACCAGCACCAGGAGAGGACAGGUCCGGGACAUGCUGCUCUCAGCCUCUGAGCCAGUCAAAUCCACUAGACCACUUUCAUUCUGCCUGGCUCUCGGGAGAGUCCUGUUCCAGACUUGUCAGGGUUUUCACAGCACAAACAGCUGCAUGUGAGUCUGAGGGGAGGCUGAGAAGGACUUGUGCCUGGUGGUGUGAUCUCCUCUUCAUCAGCCGGGAGCCAGCCUGGAGCCUAGUUUGCUUUCUGCCUCAGCCGCCUAGGAGGAAGGAUUCCUUCUCCUUCUGUUGACUCUAUUUUUAUGGUUUAAGUUUAUCUAUUCAUGGGGCUGAAAGGUGUUUGCAGAUCCAUCAACGGCGAAGUGUGGCAAGCCGCCCAGGGUCUCGUCGCCUGCCUGUGGUCAGGCAUUCUUCACUCCCAGCAGGCAGAAGGCCAGUAAAAAUGGAGGCGAGUUCUUCUGGAAUCACAUAUGGGAAAACUAGAGUCUUCCACCCAGAAGGAGGCGUGGAUUUGCAAGGCUACCAGCUGGAUAUGCAAAUACUACCUGACGGCCCAAAGAAUGAUGUGGACUUUUCAGAGAUUCUUAAUGCAAUCCAAGAAAUGGCCAAGGAUGUCAAUAUUCUUUUCGAUGAGUUAGAAACUGUCAACAGUCCUUGCAAAGAUGACGAUUCUCUCCUCCACCCUGGAAACACGACCAGUACUUCGGACGAUGCCAGCAGAUUAGAGGCAGGGGGAGAGACAGUGCCAGAGAAAAACAGAUCAAAUGGACUUUACUUCAGAGAUGGAAAGUGUCGGAUUGACUACAUCCUGGUAUACAGAAAAGCCAACCCCCAGACUGAAAAGAGAGAAGUAUUUGAAAGAAAUAUACGCGCAGAAGGAUUACAAAUGGAGAAAGAGUCCUCUGUAAUAAAUAGUGACAUUAUCUUCGUGAAGUUGCACGCCCCAUGGGAAGUGCUCGGGAGAUAUGCAGAACAAAUGAAUGUAAGAAUGCCUUUCAGGAGAAAAAUCUAUUACCUGCCCCGCCGGUACAAGUUCAUGAGCAGGAUCGAUAAGCAAAUCAGCAGGUUUCGGAGAUGGCUGCCUAGGAAGCCAAUGCGGCUGGACAGGGAGACCCUGCCAGACCUGGAGGAGAGCGACUGCUACACUGCCCCCUUCAGCCAGCAAAGGAUCCACCACUUCAUCAUACACAACAAAGACACCUUCUUCAACAAUGCCACAAGAAGUAGAAUUGUACAUCACAUUUUACAGAGAAUAAAAUAUGAAGAAGGAAAAAACAAAAUCGGUCUGAAUCGUUUGCUUACCAAUGGCUCCUAUGAGGCUGCCUUUCCUCUGCACGAGGGAAGCUACAGGAGUAAGAACUCCAUUAGGACCCACGGAGCGCAAAACCACCGCCAUCUGCUCUAUGAGUGCUGGGCCUCCUGGGGCGUGUGGUACAAGUACCAGCCUCUGGAUCUUGUCAGGCGCUACUUUGGAGAGAAGAUUGGGCUCUACUUUGCCUGGCUGGGCUGGUACACCGGCAUGCUGUUCCCCGCAGCCUUCAUCGGGCUGUUUGUCUUCUUGUACGGAGUCAUCACUCUGGAUCACUGCCAAGUCAGUAAAGAAGUCUGCCAAGCUACAGACAUAAUCAUGUGUCCUGUGUGCGAUAAGUACUGUCCGUUCAUGAGACUGUCUGACAGCUGCGUCUAUGCCAAGGUGACCCACCUGUUUGACAAUGGAGCCACUGUCUUCUUUGCGGUCUUCAUGGCUGUCUGGGCAACAGUUUUCCUGGAGUUUUGGAAAAGACGACGAGCAGUUAUUGCUUAUGACUGGGAUCUGAUAGACUGGGAAGAAGAAGAGGAAGAGAUCCGGCCCCAGUUUGAAGCCAAGUAUUCCAAGAAAGAGAGGAUGAACCCCAUCUCGGGGAAGCCGGAGCCAUAUCAAGCGUUUGCAGAUAAAUGCAGUAGACUCGUCGUGUCUGCAUCUGGAAUCUUUUUUAUGAUCUGCGUGGUGAUCGCCGCUGUGUUUGGGAUCGUCAUUUACCGAGUGGUGACCGUCAGCACUUUUGCGGCCUUUAAGUGGGCGUUAAUCAGGAAUAACUCUCAGGUGGCCACCACGGGGACUGCCGUGUGCAUCAACUUCUGCAUCAUCAUGCUGCUGAACGUGCUCUAUGAAAAAGUUGCUCUCCUCCUGACAAAUUUAGAACAGCCUCGAACCGAGUCCGAGUGGGAGAACAGCUUCACCCUGAAAAUGUUUCUUUUUCAGUUUGUCAAUCUGAACAGCUCCACGUUUUACAUUGCAUUCUUCCUCGGGAGGUUCACAGGACACCCAGGUGCCUACCUGAGGCUGAUAAACAGGUGGAGACUGGAAGAGUGCCACCCCAGCGGAUGCCUUAUUGACCUCUGUAUGCAGAUGGGGAUCAUCAUGGUGCUAAAGCAGACCUGGAACAACUUCAUGGAACUUGGCUACCCGUUGAUUCAGAACUGGUGGACAAGAAGGAAAGUACGGCAGGAGCAUGGGCCUCAAAGGAAAGUGACCUUCCCACAGUGGGAGAAGGACUACAGCCUUCAGCCGAUGAACGCCUACGGACUCUUUGACGAGUAUUUGGAAAUGAUUCUUCAGUUUGGAUUUACAACUAUCUUUGUGGCAGCUUUCCCCCUAGCACCACUCCUGGCCUUACUGAAUAACGUAAUUGAAAUUCGACUUGAUGCCUACAAAUUCGUCACACAGUGGAGGCGACCUUUAGCUUCGAGGGCCAAAGAUAUAGGAAUCUGGUAUGGGAUUCUUGAAGGCAUUGGAAUCCUCUCUGUUAUUACAAAUGCAUUUGUCAUAGCAAUCACAUCUGACUUCAUUCCUCGCUUGGUGUACGCUUAUAAGUAUGGACCGUGUGCAGGCCAGGGAGAAGCUGGGCAGAAGUGCAUGGUUGGCUACGUCAACGCCAGCUUGUCUGUGUUUCGAAUUUCUGACUUUGAGAACAGAUCUGAGCCUGAGUCUGAUGGCAGUGAGUUCUCGGGAAUCCCCCUCAAGUACUGCAGGUACCGGGACUACCGCGACCCUCCUCACUCGCCGGUGCCCUACGGCUACACGCUGCAGUUCUGGCACGUCCUGGCGGCUCGGCUGGCUUUUAUCAUCGUGUUUGAGCACCUGGUGUUUUGUAUAAAGCAUCUCAUUUCAUAUCUGAUCCCAGACCUCCCGAAAGAUCUGAGGGACAGAAUGAGAAGGGAGAAGUACUUGAUUCAGGAGAUGAUGUAUGAAGCUGAACUGGAGCGUCUGCAGAAGGAGCGGAAGGAGAGGAAGAAGAAUGGGAAAGCACACCACAAUGAGUGGCCCUGAGCUGGCAGCUGGGAGGCAAUGGAUCACUUCCAGGCCGAGGACCCCGGUUCUGUUUACUUCUCUCAUCUGUGCACAAGCAUAUGCAAGUGAAUGAGGGGACGCAGGCGCAGUGAGUGCACGCCCGCCACAGACCUGGCCCAGAGUCCACAGGGACCGGAGCCACUGCUGCCCUGCACACAGUCGUGCCCUCCCCAUGAUCCACUCUCAACAGGCGAGCAUGCACACCACAGCUGUCACUUUCUCGUGUUUUUAGAACUGGGGAGACUUGUCCACUGGGCCUGUUUUUCAGCUUGUUUGCUACCUUUUUUGCAUCCUGCCCCAGGUGAGUUUUACAGACACAGGGCUCCAGGCACCUGGCAACACUCCUAGAAUGUCUCUGGUUCUCACUCUACAUUACCAAACAACACAGCUCUGUUUACAUCUGUAUUUUUUCUUGAUUCGCUCUUUCUGAGGAGACCGUAUGACCUAUCUGUAGCUGUGUAUAUGCCAUACAGGAGUCUCUGUGUGUACAUAUGUACAUCACUCACUCUUAUGUAUGUACAUAAAAAUGCAGAGGUUUAUAAAGUACAUAGGAACUCCUUCCUUGUAAAUAGCCAGAGGAGACCACGUGAAGGAUGAGUUUUCACAUUUCAGUAGUCACUGACACAAAGCCAUGUUCAUGCUUGUAUAAUGUGAUGUAAUGAAAUCUAAAUAAAUUUAUGCACAUGGAAUAUUUUCA